AUGUCUAAGCAUAUUGAAUAUUUGCGUAACUUUGUCACUGUGACCGUGCUGUGUGUUUGUUUCCAUGGCACUUUGCAAUUGGUACCUUUGCCUGACUUCAUCCACCCUUGUGGAGAGCUGACAGACGAAUGCUUCACUAAAGCCACUUUAGAUGCAAUUCCGGGGGUGGUCAGAGGUAUCCCCGAGGCUGAUAUACCGCCUCUAGAUCCUCUGUAUCUAGAAAAGAACAUCACUAUGAACUUACCGGGAAAUGUGAAAAUGACAUUCCAUAAUGGCAAAUUGGUAGGAUUAAGCACUUGCGUCCCGGAAAAAGUUUCAUCUCGGCGUGAAAAACGAACAUUUAUUUUCGACAUGCAUUGCAACUUCACUAUCAAGGGCCGAUAUAGCAUUAAUGGAAAGAUUCUGCUCUUUAAUCUUGACACAGAGGGAAGCGCUAAAAUCAAAAUAUGGAAUCAACAUAUCCAUUUGGAGGUAUUAGAAAAGGUUGUUAAAGGUAAAGACGGGGAAGGGCAUUAUAAAAUUAACUCUUAUAAGUACAAAGCCGAUUACGGAACUGACCUUAAACUAAACCUUACCAACCUCUUCAGGGGUAGUCCACAAAUAAGUGCUAACAUUUUGGAGGUUCUCAACUCAAAUGCUCAACUCGUCGCUCAGGAGUUUGGAGGACCGAUCCUCGACUACGCCAUCGACUACGCCAUGAAUGUUACGCAACGAUUCUUUAGCACAUACACUUAUGACCAAAUAAGCAAAGUACCGUUAUCAGAAGAAUUCUUUGAAGAUGAUAAAUAAACUAGGCUUAUUCUUAAGCUUCAUAUUGUGAAUAUAUUUUAUAAUUUAAAAAUUUUGUGAUAAAGUAUUAUAUAAAGUUGAAAUAUUAAUUGUAAGAAGUGAUAGAGUGAAACAACAAGUGAAUUAAGACAGAAAUACCAACGACCUAUUCUUUGCAAUAAUAACGCAACUCUUAUGACAUAAUGCAAGAGUCUUGAACGAUUGCACAUAGAUGUACUUCACAAAUAGGGCCAACGUUUGGAAUAUACGGCUGUUUCCUACAAUAUUUACACUCAUAGCUUGGAACCAAACGUUGGUCGCACGGAAUCCUACUUAUGUUAUUGUACUAUGACUAUUGGAUUGAUCAAAUUUUUAUACAACAACAGUUUGUAAAAGAAUUAACUAUUCUUCUGUUCACGCGUGGUUCAACUUUUUAUUAUAUAAGUAUACUGUUUUGUAUUAAAUGAAUAUAAACAUUGUGAUUAAUAUAUUUUCAAAUUA